AUGUUUCCUAGCCCUGUGACAACGACGCCCUUCUCGGUCAAGGAUAUUUUGAACCUGGAACAGCAUCAGAGCGGCCUGGCCUCCAUGGAGCUCUCCUCGCUGGCCUCCCCGUCCUGCAUGCUGGCCACCUUCAAGCAAGAGGCGUUCGGUGCCGAACCCCCGGCCCUACCCGGCACGCGGGAGGAGCUGCCCGAGGCCGCCAAAACCACCUUCCCUGGCUCCUACUACGUUAAGAGCUACGUGGAGAUGGACUCAGCCAAAGAGGCCAAGGCGGAUAAGAAAGAACUGUGUUCCCUGCACAAGAGCCUGGAGCAGGAGAAGAGAGACCUGGAAGAUCCCGACCGGCCCAGACAGAGGAAAAGGAGGAAACCUCGCGUCCUCUUUUCUCAAGCCCAAGUCUACGAACUGGAGAGAAGGUUCAAGCAGCAGAAAUACCUCUCGGCUCCCGAAAGAGACCAUCUAGCGAACGUCCUAAAGCUCACCUCCACCCAGGUGAAAAUUUGGUUCCAGAAUCGAAGGUAUAAAUGCAAAAGGCAGAGACAGGAUCAGACCCUCGAAAUGGUGGGCAUCCCUCCCCCCCGGCGGAUAGCGGUGCCUGUACUGGUCCGCGAUGGGAAGCCUUGCCUGGGGGAAUCUUCUCCCUACAGUUCGCCGUACAAUGUCAGCAUUAACCCCUAUAGCUACAACGCCUACCCCGCGUACACCAACUACAACAGCCCCGCCUGCAACGCCAACUACAACUGCAACUACCCGUCCAUGCAGACCAUGCAGCCCUCGGCGGCCGGCAAUAACUUCAUGAACUUCAGCGUAGGGGACUUGAAUUCCGUGCAGACACCCAUCCCGCAGGGAAACGCGGGGAUCUCCACAUUACACGGGAUCCGAGCCUGGUAG